AUGGCAACACGGAGGUCAUCAUUUCGCUUUCGCCUUCCCUGGUCUCAAGAUGAUGAACCAGCAAGCCAACCAUCUACUCGACCCAACACCAUCACAGCUCCUUUGCCGGCAACUCCCUCGGCUGCAGGAUCUAAGCCAGCUGCACCGACUACCAACAUGACCAAUCUGUCCACAGGUGAAACCCCAACUAGUAACCAACCACCCGACCCCACGAGAAACACCACCCCUGGAAUUCAAACUUCACCAACUCAAGCCGGAACCAAGAAGAACUAUCAGCAACCCGGCACCAGCACUAGUUCACCUCGCCCUAUCGAACCCUCCGCUACAAGCACGAGCGCUACUACUGCCACUGGUGAAACCCAAAGCCCUCUUCAACCCUCUAAUAUGAACCCUACCUCCACAAAAUCUCCAGCUUGGUCUACGUCUCAAACUACUACCAGUAACCCCGCUACUCCGAAGAUUGCUCAGAGGCCACCAUUUAGGCCUGCAGGGGCAGCUCCCUCUCCCAAGAAUCGGGCAUCUAGGAAUGAGACUCAAUCCUCAUCACCACUUCAAGCAACUAAUAAGUCCCGCAUCUCAUCUCCACCAGCUUCACCAUCUGAUACAGCAACUAAGUCCCGGUUGUCUCAAUCUCCGUCUUCAUCUCGCUCAACUCCCCAGUCACCAGCUGCGACUUCAACAUCCUCCCCACCACGCAAGCUUUCCCCGGUCCUUUCAACUAAAGCAAGCCAAGAGUCUUCAGACUCUCCAUCUGUUGGAAAAACUAAAAUGCAUGAAAAGAAUCAGGCAACUAUUCUGCCACCAUCACCACCCAAAUCAUUGCAAGAGAUCUCAAGGCCUUCUUCCAAAUCCACACAAGCACGGUCACCCAUUCUGGAUAAGAAAGAACCACCAGAAGAAAUGGAGCUCCAAACUCAGAAAGUAACCAUGUCAGAUGUCUCUGAAGCAAAAGUAAAUUUCACAGACAAGGCAAUGCAACCUUCGGAAGUAUCAGUGCUGAAAUCCUCCACCAUGACAGGCACUACAGAAAGACCAUCCGAGAAAUCACAUUCUUCCAGUAUCCCUGGUGAAUCUAAGAUGCUCAAAGAGUCAACUAGCAACAUUCAGGAAACAAAGGAAGUGGUGCACGAGACAAGAGGUAAGAACUAUGGUGCUGGAGAAAAAAAUAGACAAGUUCAAUCAACUCAAGUAGAUACGGUGAAGCAAGAGGAGGCUACUAAAGAUCCCAGAUUGGUGAACCCUGUUUCUAAUGGAAGACAGACGACAGCAACUGCAUCUCAAAUGAGGAACAAAACUAUAUUUACUGGUUCUUCUCAGAAAACUGCAGUAUCUAGUGAGCCACAUAUUCCCCUACACAAAGAGAUCAAAGAUAACAUCUCAAAUGUUAUUAAUAGAGUAGCAGUUGGAGAUGGCAAGCAAGAAACAGGUAAAACUCCAGUGAAUAUGAUAACUCUUGCAGGUGAUAAUAGAGGAGCAUCUAUGCAACUUGGGCCUGACUCAUCCACAAAAGGAGAGCGAGUCCACAUUCAUAGAGGAUACAAAAGCAACCCUGACGAAAGUGCAGAUGUAACUACAGACGGGGAGGGAAAAAGAUCAAAAGAUGCGAAAGCUACGGAGGAUCAAACUAUAGCUGCAUAUGUAAAUUGCAAUGUACAGGGCAGCAACAACUCUAUUUCGUGUAACAGUUCCAUUACAGAAAGAAAUCCAGGUGUACAUAUGUCGAUCCCACGUGUGCCUUCAGAAUCUAUUCAUUCAGGUGUGAAAACAGGACCAUUUGAGGCACACAAGGCAGAAUUCAGCGUUACACCUGCCAGAACAAUAAGAAGAAGAUGCCUCAGAGGCCUUUUCCUUGAAUCAAGUGAUUCUGAUCCUGAAAAACCUCGGCGACAUGGCUGUCGAGUUGGCUGCAAUGAUAAGAAAAAACUAACAAGAUGAAUGUUUUACUACAAUUGUUCUAGGCAAGGUAAAAGGAAAAGAGUUCCUUGUAUAUAUAUUUUAUAAUAAUCUGAGUGUAAAGUAGAUGUAAUAAUAUGCUGAAAAGAUUCAUGAAA